CCCAACUCCGCUGAUGAUUUCACAUGCUCCGGUGUUGAAAUCCAGCGGGUGAGACGAGCCUCUGUUCGUGGCGUGGCGCUGGUGUGAGAGGAGAGCGGCGGGAACCACCUUAAAGAAAGCAGCCCCGCUGAUGUCAGCGUCACAGACUCGCAGACUCCUCCGCCGGUUACAGCGCUGCGCUGCUCCGUCCUUUCAAAUCUUCCUCUGCGCUGCUGCUGCUGCUCAUCUCCUCACUUUUUCCUCAGCUCAUGUCUCGACUGCAUCCACGGGAGUAGCUUAUACCAGCCUCUUCGCCAACACGUUUAAGUGAGCUGUGUCAAGCCCCUACUUGAGCCAAAUCCGUGCCUCGGGGAGAGAAAGGUCUGCCUGCAGUGUGAGACGGUUGCUAUUACUGCUGCUGCUGCUACUCCACAUCCCAGACCUCUCCCCCUCUUCCCCCACCCUCAGCCAGCGCUGGGCAGCCACAGAAGCGUUGGCCCGAUUCCAGGGAGGCUCCGAUCCUGCAGCCACGUCAAUCACGUCUUCACCGCUGGCUGCGGGGCGGCCCUCGUGGCCGGGAUGCCACUGUGUGCCGUGCCAGUCCACAGUGGACGGUGAGGGUCAGGAGGAGGGGACCGAGUGCAGGAGACUGAGAGGAGGCGGCCCACACCAGACAGGAGAAAUGAACCUCUGCUGGAACGAGAUCAAACGAAAGUCGCAUAACAUCCGAGUGCGGCUAGAGGCCUUCUCCGACAACAGUGGGAAGCUGCAGCUCUCUCUGCAGGAGAUCAUCGAAUGGCUGACAGCCAAGGAUGAGGAGCUGUCGGAGCAGCUGCCCAUAGGAGGCGACGUGGGGGCCGUGCAGCACCAGAGGGAGUUCCACCAGGCGUUCAUGGAAGAUGUGAAGUCCCGUGGGCCAUUCAUCUACUCAAUCUUGGAGUCAGCCCAGGCCUUUUUGGCUCAGCACCCGUUCCAGGAACCAGAGGAGACCCUGACCGAUGGAAAAGAAGUGUCACCACGUCGACGGAUCUUAAAUGUGAGCCGCUCGGUGUGGAAGCAGGCGAAUGUGGCUAGUGACCUGUGGGAAAAGCUGACAGCGCGCUGCGUGGACCGGCAUAGGCACAUGGAGCGGACAUUAGAGCGUCUCCUUCAGAUCCAGGCAGCGAUGGAGGAGCUGGCUGUGGCUUUGGAGCAGGCAGAGGGGGUGAGAGAUGCCUGGGAGCCUGUGGGGGAUCUUUUCAUCGACUCUCUGCAGGACCACAUAGACGCCACCAAGUUAUUCAAGGAGGAGCUGACCCAGGUGAAGGAAGGCAUGAAGCAUGUAAACGAUCUGGCCCACCAGCUGGCCAUCUCUGAUGUCCAUUUAUCGAUGGAGAACGCCCGCGCCCUGGAGCAUCUCAACAGCAGAUGGAAAGUGCUUCAGGGUUCCAUAGAGGAGCGGCUAAAGCAGCUCCAGGAUGCACAUCGAGACUUUGGCCCUGGAUCGCAGCACUUCCUCUCCAGUUCAGUGCAGAUACCAUGGGAGCGUGCCAUCUCCCCGAACAAAGUGCCCUACUACAUCAACCAUCAGGCCCAGACGACGUGCUGGGACCAUCCAAAGAUGACAGAGCUGUACCAAGCACUCGCGGAUCUGAACAACAUCAAGUUCUCAGCAUACAGAACAGCUAUGAAGCUGCGGCGGGUUCAGAAGGCUUUGAGACUUGAUCUGGUGGCACUAAGUGGCCUCGUGGACGUGUUCCGGGAGCAAGAGCUGCAGCAGGGCGAGCACGUGAUGGACGUGGUGGAGAUGAUCCACGGCCUGACUGCUCUGUAUGAGCGUCUGGAGGAGGAGAGAUCCAUCCUGGUUAACAUCCCACUCUGUGUUGACAUGUGCCUCAACUGGUUGCUGAACGUCUACGACAGUGCUCGGAACGGCAAAAUGCGAGUCCUAAGCUUCAAGAUGGGAUUGGUGAGCUUGUGCAACGCAGACGUCCAGGAGAAGUACAAAUACUUAUUCCGUCAGGUAUCUGGUCCUGGAGGUGUGACGGACCAGCGUCACCUCAGCCUGCUGCUCCAUGAAGCCAUCCAGAUCCCCCGUCAGUUGGGUGAAGUCGCCGCUUUUGGAGGCAGCAACGUGGAGCCCAGCGUCCGUAGCUGCUUCCGCAUGGCUCCAGGGAAACCUGCCAUCGAGGUGUCUCACUUCCUGGAGUGGAUGAGCCUGGAGCCCCAGUCGAUGGUUUGGCUGCCUGUCCUGCACCGUGUGGCUGCUGCAGAGUCGACCAAGCACCAGGCCAAAUGUUACAUCUGCAAACAGUGUCCUAUCAAGGGCUUCAGGUAUCGCAGUCUGAAGCAGUUCAAUGUGGACAUCUGCCAGACAUGUUUUCUAACUGGCCGCACCACCAAGGGAAAGAAGCUGCACUACCCCAUCAUGGAGUACUACACGCCAACAACCUCAGGAGAGAAGAUGAGGGACUUUGCCAAGACUCUGAAGAAUAAGUUCAGAUCAAAGCAGUACUUCACCAAGCACCCUCAGAGGGGUUACCUGCCGGUGCAAUCUGUGCUGGAAACGGAGAGCUCUGAGACGCCGUGCUCGUCACCCAAGCUGCCCCAUGCAGACACACACAGCAGGAUCGAACAUUACGCCAGCAGGUUGGCAGAAAUGGAGAGCCAGAAUUGUUCAUUCUUCACAGAUAGCCUGUCUCCUGAUGAAAGUCUGGAUGAAGAUCAGUACCUCCUGCGUCACUCCAGCCCAGCCCUGGACAAUGACUCACCCUGUGGACAGCACAUGCUGCUGGCCCACCUGGAGCACCAGGACAAGGAGCAGCUCCAACGCACCCUCGCCCGCCUGGAGAAUGAAAACAGGGUGCUGCAGGGCGAGUACAGGAGGCUGAAGUGGAAGCACGAAGAGGCAGCGUCGGUUCCCAUGCUGACUGAGGCUGGAGAGGGGGGUCCGGGCUCUCUCUCAGCAGAGGGGCAGCAGGAUGAGGAGCUCCUGGCUGAAGCACGAGUCCUACGGCAACACAAGACGCGACUGGAGACACGAAUGCAGAUCCUGGAGGACCACAACAAACAGCUGGAGUCUCAGCUGCGCAGGCUCAGGGAGCUACUGCUACAGCCCAAAGAAGAUUCAGAGGCCAACGGAUCAGAACCAUCCACCUUGUCGUCACCUGUGUCUGGAGGAGGUCACCACGGGGAGCCAGCCAGCAGAGAGACCACUGACACUGAAGCAGCAGGAGAUGAUAUGGAGCACGAACAGGACACGGUGCUGCAGCUCCAGGAGGUCAUCGAGCAGCUGAGGAACGUCUUCCCCUCAGAACCGGGCACCACCUCACACAUCUAACCCCAAGUUGGCCUGGAGGAGCUGGGAGAAAGCCUGGAAGGACGCCUGAUGGCCAAGAAAGGAGCGCCACACGGCUGAGGUCGGCCACAAUCCACAGGCGCUGUGACCACUGCAGCAGCUAUCACACCCAGAGCUAAACCCUCCACUGGAACUCUGUGCACUAAAAGCCUUUUUCAUGCAAACUGCUCGAGGCUCACGCUGAUGUCCGUUUGGCCAGGUUGUGCUUUACAACGUCAGUGGCGCAGCCUGACACCAUGUUAAACUAGCCAAAGGAAACUAACGUUAGCAGCAGGUUGGGGGAGGCUAAAAGGAAAACCGCAGCCAAGACACUGUGCUUACCAGUAUCUGUGUAGUUGUUCAGAGGUGUGAAGCUUUAUAUCAGUCCACAGCACAAAUUGGACCGUUGAUGUAAAGAACUUUAAAAAAUGCAAAAAGGAAAAAGAAGAAAAUCCCCUUGUUUUGUCAGAAUGCCUGUAUCUUCAGUAUUUGUGUUUUUCUUUUCCUUGAAUGUCUUAUCAUGCUUGAAAUUUCAGUUUUUGUCGAGAGGUGGUGCGAGAACUAGAUCAGGGCUGGUUGACUGCAUUUCAUGUGGCUGCGUGGUGCGGAUUGUCAGGGAGUUGACAGCAACCACAACGAGUGUAUUUACUUUGCGAGAAUGACACAUCAUGAGUUAAAUCCAUGAUUUAUUUAAGACAGCCAAAGUGCCCGCUAGCACAGCGCCUCUGUAUGCACACACUGUGUUCCUCUAAUCCUCCCUAACUGCUUGUCGCUGCCAUCACUCGCCUCUCCUAAGUGAGCCCCUUAUGCUCAUGCACAACCACUUGUAUGUGCACAUGCACACAUGUAUGCUGCUACAUCCAUACUAAUGCACCGUCCCUCAUUCUGCACCAAGUACGCCAUGCAUGAUCUAGAACACGUGCUGAACUGCAUCCCAGACCUCCAUGAAAAUUGAGAAGCAUUCAUCUCUUUGUCUCAAAGGAUUCAGACAAGCUCUCGGUUUGUGUUGUGACUCAUAUUGGGGGGUUUUGUUGAGGAAAUGUCUGCUGAUAAAUGUCAGACCUCCUCUCUGGAAUCUUUGUCUUCUCCCGUUGUGUGCAAAGAAAAAGAAGGAAGGAGCUUCAGGCAGUUGAAGCACCAGACUGAAACUGUUUCUCUCGAUCUGCAAGGCCAAUUCCAGACACUGCAGGGAGGGUGCAAGGCCGCCAUGGCGUGCUCUUACAUUUACUUCUUCUUGAGUAAUCCCCUCUCUCCAUGUAGAGGGAAAGUCGCUAUUGACUUUUCAUGCAUCAUUUUCCGUACUAAUGCUAACCUAAUUGCUUUUAGAGUUAGAAGUAAUGGCUAAGCCUGCAUGGUGUCAAGGUCAUUGGAUGCAUUUUGUUUAAACAUAGAACAGCCAAUUAACACUAAAAAGGCCAGAAUUACAAACUUGCUAGAAAGACCAUGAGAGGUCAUUUUGACUGCUAGAUCACAAACUCUGUUAUCUCUGAUGAUACCCAGUACAAACAGACAUACAUGUAUUUUGUUGGGAUAUCAUUUUUAAAAAAUGAAAUAACACAAAAAUGUUAAUUUUAACUAGCUCAUGUAGACAUUUUCAAUAUUAUUUAUCAUCACCACUUUAAAGAAAGCAGUUUUUGCAACAGAUGAUUUACCUAACUUAACAAAACUUAAGCAAGCUAUGGUAUGUGUAACUACUUCUAGAACAGGUUUAUAUAUAAUUUAAUACUGGAUUAGACCUCUGAUCUUUUUUCUCCGUUUUAUUUAUAAAAUGUUUCUUAUGCCCUAUUCGCACAAGACUAAAAUAACCUGGGGAUUUCUGCUAAUUUCUAAUAAUUGCACAGAAUGUCUGUGUUUUUAAUUCUUAUUUUAUCAAUCAUGUCUGUAUUCCAAGGCAAAUUACCAUAUCUCAGCUCACACAUAGGUCCACAGGUAAUCCUGUACAAUCAGCAUCUCUGUAAUUUAGGGUGGUAAUCGUUUUCUUUAUGGUCAAUGCAGCUUUUUCUACUCCUUUAGAGUUGCUCUGAUCACUGGAAAGUUUUGGCGUGACUUUUCCAAUAAAUACUGCAGUGCUGUUAACAAGUACUGCCAUCAAUUCUGCCAAUAUUUUCACUCUUAACAGCACAGAGCCAAUUGUUUCAGCUUUUUUGUGAGUAAAAUUUUUAUGCUGUUGGUUAAUCCAGAAAAAAUAACUUUUACUUUAUCAAAUCUUCACUAGGAGAAAUAUAACAAACUAAGCUAAAGCAGCAAAAGGACAUCAUUACAUCAAAGUGUACUGUCAUUUAUUAUUACAAACAUUUUUCAAAGAUAUGUUUUCGGGCUUUUCAUGCCUUUAUUUACGGAGGACAGUGCAUUGAAUCAGAAACAGGGAUGAGAGAGUGAGGGAGAGACAUGCAGGAAAGAAGCCACAAGCCAGACUUGAACCCAGGCUGCCCGUGUACAGGGAAUAUGACCUAACUACUAUGCCAGGGGUGUCCAAACUUUUUCCACUGGGAGCCGCAUACAAAAAUAUAUUAGGAUGGUGGGGCCACUUUCAUGUGCCUCAUCCUGAGGGUUGUAAAGUUAGUGAGGCCAAUCUUAUAACGGUUAAGAUAUGCUUAGUUAUUGGGUAUGCUACUUAAUGGCUGACAAGGCAAAUAGGUAGUCAUCUUAAGGAUUUUAGGGAGACCAGUCAGAUUUCAGGGGGCUCUGGUCAGUCCUGGCUACUACUGGUUCAGCCCCUAAAACACCAUCGGUACUGCUGUAAGCCUUUGUAAUCCAUCAGGGCAUUAUAAAUCAAAAUAUUGAUAUUAUGUUGGUUGACAAUAUGUUUUCCAUUUACAGUGUUGUCUUUAUUUAGUCACAAAAAACUCAAAUCAGUAGUCUUGUUUUCAAGAUGUUUGUUUAUAGAAAUAGCAUGGUAGCCCUGCCUUGUGCUGAAAUGAAGAAGUACGAUACAGUCAAGCUUUAUGUUCUUAUGCGGGCCAUAUUUCAUUUAAUGAUUUAUGAUUAGAAUUUGCUGAGGGCCAAUCAAAAAUGGACAGCAGGCUUCAUUUGGCUCCCAGGAAUAGUUUGGACACCCUUGCAUUAGGUCAUCUGUGCCCCAUUAAUUUCAUUUUUGAUAGUAAUGUAAGAAUUGUAUGUAUUGUUUUUGUUGGUUUUUUAAAUCAAACUGAUUUAGGUUUUUUUGUCAGUGCUAAUGUUGCGCGUGUUCUUAAAUAAUGGGCUUUAAUUAUGAGGUCAAUGUGGUUUAUGAAACCUUGAUGAAAUGUUUUUAUUAGAGCCUAAACAGUUUUCUAAAGUCUCUUCAUAACAGCUGGAUAGAGGUGAUGCCUCGGUAUGGACACCCUGGGAUUGUCACUCAAACAAGCCCUUGAUCAGCACCACAGAGCAGCACAUUAAUCCUGACUAAUAACAGCCUAAAACCUCCUCAGCCUGGUUGAUCAAGCUACUAAACAUCUCAAACUGGUUGAACAGGCAGCGUACUCUGUAAGCAACAAUGAAUGCUGCAAAGCAGCCAAGGUGCAGCUGCCACUGCAGAAAAAAAUGUCAAUUUUAGAGCUGCAAAAUCUGUGCAGUCUAAAGGAAGUCUUUUCUUAUUGUGCAUUUCCUUAAAAUAACAUUUUAGAUUAAAAUGCAGACACGUUUAGGAGCAUUGUAACUUUUAAUUCAGGAAAGUUAUUCCAAAUGUGGGAACAGACAAAAUGACUGCCGUGGUCUUUCUAGUGUUAAAGCCUUAAAACCAAAUGUCACCCAUAUAAAGCAAGAGUUUAUCUCCCUGGGCCUUUUUCGCCUGCCAUUUUAUUUCCAAGGAAGGAUGUCGCAUCAUUUUACGCCUCUGCCUUUGUCAUUGGUAGUUAAUUUGAAGGAACAGGUGAAAUAAAAAAAGUGUGGAUCAUUUAUUGAAAAGCAACUAAAUAGUGCUUUUAAAGGUGCACAUAUGAUGCUUUGAGGGACUAAAAGAUCUGAGAGAUAAGAAAGGAAAGGUGGAAGAGAGAAAAAAAACCCAACCCAUUUAUUGCCCGAGGGCUGGUGGGAGAGAUCCACUUUGAUGUGCCUGCCACAGCAAAAAAUCUCCAGAAGCAAGACAAGAGAUUGCCUGAAACAAGCAAGCUGUGGCUCUAUUUCCCCGCAAUCACACCGCCAGAAAAGACAGAUGUAUACACUGGAAGGACCUUUAUUCUUAAAAACACACCAUAUGACCUCAUAUGCAUGAGUUUGAAACCCAUGUUGCUGCACUUAUUACCCCUCCAGGCACACAGCACUCACUUUUUGACAUCGUCCUCCCUACUCAUUACUCAGCUACCUGUUAGUUUUGAUUCUGUUGCUAGGGAACUGUCCCCCAAGGACGCUGUAGCACAGGUUUGUGAGUAGACAAGGUGAUACACCGUUCUUAAUACAAAUGCUAAUAGCCUUAAGGGGAGCGAAAGACAACACCGCUCCCCUCUUUUUCACUUUCACCUCCACUGUUCAGUCAUUAUCAUCCAUCCAAUCCAUCUCCGCUUUUACUGAAGCGACUCAAGACAAAAGAGCUGCAGAAUAAACAUGACAAGUGGUGUUUAUUUCUAGAUGUUCAUUUAUUGGUAGUCACACAUCUCAUUACACAUAGAUGAUCAGCAGGCAGCCUCACUGCAUUUUUCUGUAUGUGGGCACACAUAAUGAUGUAACAGUGACGUGAGGAUGAACGGCAGAGGAGGGAUUCCCCAUAGGGCCGCCUGUCAACAUUUGUCGUGUUUAUUUUCAGACAAUAAAGAGGAGGCAGACUGGAAGAAAUACGUUGUAUGAUCCUAUGACAGAGUUACGUGAUCAUGCGUAGUAUGUCAACAUGCUAGACAAACUUUUGAUGGUCCUUCAGCUGUGAAAGAGCCACGCAUCGUAUCAUCUCUUUGACUCAUCUGUAGCCUUUUGCACCAGCUAUGUGUAACUUAAAUAAUGAAGUCCACGCUAAGCUCUAUGUUGGACCUACUUAAAGGUACAGUGUGUGAUAUUUCACUCAUUAGCAUUUAUCAGAGUAAACACUAAAUUAAACAGAAUAUUUAUAAGCAGGCAUAAUUCAUACAUAGGGAGGGGCCCCUCCAUGUACUCCGCCAUCUUGGAUUUUUUCAUGUGUCUACGGUUCCACUAGAGCAGGGGUGUCAAACUCAAUCACAGAAGGGGCCGGAUUCUGAAU